AGAAACUGCAGCUAUACACAACUACUACUGCAGUUAGUUGUGCAAGUGAAAUUGUGUGUGUGCAUGAGAAGUGCCUUCAUUUGAAUUGGAACUGCAUCAACGGAUUAUUCGUGGUUGCGUUGAACAUGCCCUCAAGCAAAGGGCAGCAGCUUUCGUUGCUGCUACUCAGUUUUUCACUACUGCAGUGCUGUCUUGGUCAGCAAGAUUUUUCUACAGCUCCUAUUCCAAACCCGUUUCGGAAUGGGAAUAUGUACCCUCCUCGAUCAGAAACAGAUGUUUGCAGACCCAUUCAGGACUACAUCGAUCGUGGCUCUGCAAGAUUCAACUCUCAACUCGUAACAAACACAAACUCGGACAUAAUUUUUGCAACCAGUAACAGCCGAAUCAUGUCGUCACGGUUACAAUCUCGUUUGAACAGUUUAGUGCGAAUAUAUGGAAGGAACACAUAUCCUAAAUUGAGAGUAACAAAGGCGUGGACUCCGUACCCUGACCAAGAUCUGAGCAAUAACGAUCAAUCCUUGCACUAUGAAGGUCGCACCAUCAGAGUGGAGUUGCAAGGCCACCGGAGCAGUGACUAUAACAGACUACUAACAGCUGCUGUUGAUGCACAGUUCGACUGGGUGUUCUAUGCUGCUUCAAACUAUGUACGACUCAGUGUGAUCCCAUCCAGUUGUGAUCGCAACAUUGACGUAGUGUUCAUUAUCGACCAGUCGGGUAGUGUAGGGAGCACAAAUCACAACCUUGCAAAGCAGUUCAUAUCCAACGUUGUCUCUUUCUUCUCCAUUAGUCCCACACAAACCAGAGUAGGGAUAGUCACCUACUCAGGCAGCUCUCGAAUAGAAUUUGACCUAUUGCGAUACACCAAUUUGGGCGCCUUGACCACAGCUAUAAACAACAUUCCGUACAGAGGAGGGCAGACAGCUACAGCGUUAGCUCUGGAGGAUGCUAGAGAUGCUCUGAACCCUUCCCGAGGCUAUGGUGCAAGACCAGCUUCAGAGGGAAUCCCUAGGAUUGCCAUUCUCAUAACUGAUGGGAAAUCAAACUCAUACUCCAUUACAAAUCCUGCCAAUAAUCUGAAGAACUCUGGAGUCCAGGUGUACACUAUUGGAGUGAGUAACCCAGACCUGGCAGAGUUGCGAUUCAUCUCCUCUGACCCUGACGAUGAACACGUAUUCCUGCUCAGCAAUUACAGAGACGCCAUCGCUUUUGUUGACUUCCUCAGUGUCACCACCUGCGAGACUGCUGCCAUUGUGGGCACUUGUGAGAGGACGUCGACUCUUGUACCUCAGGACAGCCUCCAGUACUACCAGGCAGAGUGCUCCUCCUUCACCAGCUCUGUAAUAGUGGAGCUCACUGACCUAUCUGGGGCCAGCUUCCUCUACUGCUCCACUGCUACCACCAAUCCAGGGCCCCUCACAUCCAACACUGUCCGUGAUGAGAGGACGGGGGUCUCCAGGAGACAGUGCCAGCUCAGCAUUCCUCCAGGAACAGAGACAAUUCACAUUGGAGUCCUUGGUCAAGAAGUGAUGAACAAUGUGCUGUUGGUUGUCAUGGACCGAAUUCUGACUCAGACACAAGUGACUGAUAACGUUGUUGAAGGAGACCAGUACAGUCUGGACCUAAGAACUCUCUUGAGAUCAGAUGCUACCUCUCAAAGCUGGGUGUAUCGAAUAGCCGAUGGUAACGAUGGCAACGUGUUUCAAAUCUCCAAUGGAAGAUAUUUCAGAAUACGAAGUUCAUCUCUCUCUUCGAUCAGUUUCAAUGCUCAGGCGCAAUACAAUGUGCUUGUGAUAGUGGAACGUUCAGGGGCUACAUGCAGCUGCUCACAAUUACAAAUACAACUGAACAUUAUCACCAACCGAGUGGACUUUGAAGUGACCCCCAGCGAUGCUACUGUACGAGAGGACGUAGCCAUUGGACGAAAUGUGGUUACCGUGACAGCAACUAACGGGGCAGGCUCUAUCACUUAUUCCAUCACUAGCGGUAACACUGGAAACGCUUUCUCUAUAGACUCUACCAGUGGUGUGGUGGAGGUUGCUUCUGCUCUUAACUUUGAAACCGUUAAUAGCUACUCAUUGACUGUUCGAGCGAAUGUAGUGGGCACUUCUGUGACUGAUACCACAAGCUUUACUAUCACAGUGAUUGAUGUCAACGAGGAUCCAUUCUUUGUCACCAGCUGUGCCAGGCAAGGCAGCUGUUCUUAUGGCAUCAAUGAGAACCGACCUGCGAACACUUGGAUUGGACGAAUAGAGGCUAACGAUCCAGACUUGCCCACUCUGACCAAUGGAAUGCUUAGUUACAGAAUAUCACCAGCUGACGUACCUUUUACUAUUAACUCCAAUGGUGGAAUCAUUACGUCUGCAAUUCUUGAUUACGAAACAGCCAACUCCCACUCUUUCCGAGUGAUUGUAACAGAUGGUAGUGUGUCCAUCAGUACAGCUGUGCUAGUAAGCGUCAACGACCUCAAUGACAAUGCUCCACUUAUCUCUGGCCCCAAUACAGUCAACAUUAACGAGAACACACAAACUGGGUUUGUCCUGACACAGUAUCAAGCUUCCGAUGCCGAUAGUGGCAACAAUGCAAGAAUUGAAUUCUCGAUAACCCCAAAUAACAUUCCUUUUGAUAUUGACAGCUCUGAAGGCUCGCUAACUGUAACUGGUGACUUGGACUAUGAGCUUGUACAGGAGUACAGUAUUACCGUGACAGCAGCUAAUCCAGGGACCAAUCAAAUGAACUCUAUAGGUACUCGAAUUAUCGUGAACAAUCUGAACGACAAUCCACCAACGUUUAUUGGCGCUCCAUAUUCUGGUAUUGUGAUUGAACAUUCCGAUGUAGGCACUUCAGUUGUGACUGUACAAGCUACCGACGCUGAUAGUGGAUCACCUGGUGUCGUGAGGUACUCCAUUGUGGGUGGGAAUUUCGGUAGUGCUUUUGGUGUUGACGCGGUAACUGGUGUAGUGACUGUAGCCAAUGAGAUUGAUCGUGAAUCCGUGAGUAUGUUUGAUCUGAGAGUUAGAGCGAGAGAUCUUGGGCAGCCUGAGCAAAGAAGAACCACCAUCAUCCCAAUAACUGUGUCUGACAUUAACGACCAUUCUCCAGUGUUCAAUCCAGCUGCCUACAGCGCUCAAGUGAGAGAGGAUGUGAGUGUAAAUACGGAGAUAUUCACUGUGUUUGCUUUUGAUAAUGACGAAGUCGGCAAUCCUAACUCUGAAAUUAGUUACAGCAUCACUCUUGGAAAUGUCACUGUAUUUAGUAUUGAUUCCACGACUGGUAUAGUGAGCAUAAGCUCCGGCCUUGACUUUGAGACUGUCUCCAGCUACACUCUCACCAUCACAGCCACCGACCGAGGCUCUCCAUCACCACUUGCAGGCUCUGCAAUGGCUGCCAUCACUGUGGUCAACGUCAAUGAUGUUCCACCAUCUGUACAGGGCAGUGUUAAUAUCAGCCUCUCGGAGAACACGCCCACUGGAGUGGAGGUAGUCGAUUACGAUGCAACGGAUGCAGAUCAAUCUAUUCUAACAUUUUCAUUCAAUUCUGGAAAUAAUGAGGGAAAGUUUUCAAUUGACGCAACUUCUGGUAGAAUCACGUUGGUUGUGAGUCUUGAUUUUGAAACUACUCAGCAAUAUAUUUUUGAAGUCAGUGUAUCUGAUGGAGAUCUGGAGACCACCUCAGCACUUGUAAUUGAUGUUCUUGAUGAGAAUGAUUUCUCUCCCAUCUUUAACAGUCCAACCAUGUUUGAAGUUGCGGAGGAGUUGGCUAGUGGAACUUUAAUUGGUACGGUGAAUGCAGUCGACAGUGACAGUAGCUCCCCUAACAACCAAGUAACUUAUGCGUUUGCUCAACAGUCUGCCAUUACUGAUCAUAUCACACUCGACACCAGCUCUGGAGAAAUCAGGACAAAUGGAAUAUUAGAUCGCGAGGAGCUCACCCAAAUCUUUCUUCCUCCCUUGUCUCGUCAGAGUGUGAACAUAGUAGCCAGGGACGGAGGCAGUCCUUCUCAACAGAGCUCUGUGAGCAUCACCAUUACUCUGCUGGACGAUAACGACAAUGCACCUGUGUUUGGAGAUAGUAGCUAUGGGAACUCACUCCUGGAAAACCUGACUCCACGCCAGACUGUGUUUCAACUCUCUGCCACUGAUGCUGAUCUUGGAACUAAUGCUGACAUUAGAUUCUCUUUCACUCUAACGGACAACUCUGGCAAUAGCAAUCCUUUCGAAAUGGAUGAGGUGUCUGGACUGUUGGAAAUGAUCACACCUCUUGAUUGUGAGCAGCAAUCAAGUUACAGCUUCACACUCACUGCUGUGGACUUGGGGUCUCCUCGACAAAACAGCUCUGUCUCGGGUCAGCUGACUGUUCUUGAUGAAAAUGAUAACGCUCCUAUCUUCACUAUGGAUACUUAUAACUUUGAUGUAUUUGAAGACGUGCAACAAGAUGCUUCAAUAGCUCAAGUACUGGCGAGUGAUGCGGACAAAGGAAGCAAUGGUGAAGUGGUGUACUCUAUAAUCAAUCAAGACGCAAUAGCAGACAUUGCCGAGAGUUCUGUAGAAGUAAUUCCAUCUGUGAGAAUCGAUUCUUCAACUGGUGAGAUAUUUCUGGAAACAGAGUUCAAUUUUGAGCAGCAAGUUCAAUACAAUGUAACCGUGGUAGCUGAAGACAGGGGCGUCCCCAGAAUGAGCUCAAGUGCACAAAUUGUGUUCAAUAUCCAAAAUGUUGAUGAAAGUGCUCCAAGUUUUCCAACGUUGUGUGAAUUUAGUGUCCCAGAAAAUGCCUCUUUGAAUGUAGUAAUUGCUGAGUGCUUGGCAACUGACGAGGACAAUAUAGCCACCUCUCCUAGUGAUGUCUUAGUUACCUACAGCAUUUUCUCUAGAAACCAAAACAACGUAUUUGCGAUAGAUAGUAAUACUGGUGGAAUCAGUCUUCUACAAGCUCUAGACAGAGAGACCACUCCCUCUCACUCGUUCACUAUCCAAGGCCAAGAUAUUAAAGGACUAACAGCUUUUCAAAAUGUGCGUAUAAUUGUGAGUGAUGUCAACGACAAUAGCCCUCAGUUUGGAAGCAGUUCGUACAGCUACGACUUCACUGUAUCCCGUAUUCAAAGCCGCACUCAGAACUUGAUAACAGUGUCUGCAACUGAUAUGGAUAUCAACGAAAACAGUGCCAUAACUUACUCCAUUACUAGUGUGACUCGUGAAGACAGGCGUACAACUUUAGAGAUCACUGCCGAGGACGGAGGGUCACCUGCUAGUAGCAGUACUGUUGAUAUUGUCAUCUCCUUUGAGGAGGUGUGUCUACUUCAAGAGUACUCCAUUGAUUCCUCCACUGGACUAGUGUCAGCUUCUGUACUGUGCAGUGUCUCCAUCAGCCCAAGGGCACUCAACAUCACACUCGGAGGAAGCAGUGCUCUCUCUUGUCAAAUUCUCUCAAAUAACGAGCUGGAUUAUCAAUGGAUUCUAAAUGGCUCUUUUAUUACGACUCAGAUGUUGACAAAUAACCCACAGAUCAGGUAUUCAGUGACCAAUGCGCAGUACAACGAUCAAGGUGACUUUGCCUGCAAGAUCUCAACUAGGGCCGGGAGUCUACAGUCUAUGAUCAGCGCUGCUAGCAUUCAAGUUCCUCCCACGAUAACAGUGCCUCCUGUGGACCAAGCAGCCAAGGAGGGAGAGAGUGUGACCUUCACCUGCACAGCUGUCGGAGUGCCUGAUCCUAAGAUAGUGUGGUUUAGAGACAGCACAAGUGUUCAACAAGGCUCAACUCUUGUGAUAGAGAAGAUAGACUCCACUGAUACUGGCACUUACACCUGUGCUGCUACUAAUUCUGACCUUAUCAAUUCUGCGAUUGCGUCGGCUACACUCACACUAUACAAGUCUGAGAACGUGGUAGAGCUCAGUCUGGAUAAGAUCAACAGUCCCAGUCAAGAUGGCACCUGUCAUUACAUCGACUACGAUGCUAUCACAUCUACCAUUAACGAUUUGACCAGACAAACUACUCUGAUAACUGGAGUGGAGGGUUCGAACAUUUGUGAUGUGUCUGCGUGCCUGCCCACCCCCUGUCAGAACAGAGGCACCUGUUCUCUCAAUGAUCGCUCACUUGGAGGCUACGAGUGCUCCUGUGCUGAUGGCUACACUGGCACCAACUGUGCACAAGAUGUACCAGAGUGUGCAGAAGAUCCGUGUGAGAAUGGUGGCAGCUGCGCUGAAUUAGAGGGCAGUUUCCAGUGUGAUUGUGUGAGUGGAUUUAAUGGCCAUCGCUGUCAGUACACGGACACCUGUGCCACAUCCAAUAAUUGUACAGCUGGUACUGAGCUGUGUGUGGACAACUCUGUAGGAGGGACGCAGUGUGUGCCUCAACCGACACCAGCCACUUCUCUGAUCAUCACUGGACUCAACAUUAAGCCAGGGUUCCUCAACGACAUCAUACAGUCCUAUCUGGAGAGGCAGAUUGCUUCAAGCACACGUCGGAAGCGUCAGCUCAUCUUCACCACCUCCUGUGAGCCUCGAUUCAUUGCGGAAACGUCUCCUGAGAUGUGGUCUCUGGUCUGGUUGUGUGUAACUCCAGAUACUCCGCCCACUCUCGAGGAAGUGGCCAGUCUGUGUCCCGUUCUGUUGGAGUCAGGUCAUGUGACCUCAUGCACACCCCCUGGAGGAGAGGAGAUGGUCCUCCCUACACCAUCACCUCUACCAGACACUAGUGCAACUAUUGACAUCAUUCUGAUAAGGCCGAUGUCCAGUGUUCCAUUCAACUCAGAAACUGUGGUAAAGGAGUUACUGAACACUGGUGCUCAAGAACGAAUCACCAACGAUAUCGAUGCUGAGGUUUCUACCAUCUCGGCCCAGGCACCUGACACGGGCGUCGGCAAUCAGCCAGCUGGUGGAGAUACAGCAGGAGUGGGCGUAGGUGUCACUGUGGGCGUGCUCGUGGCCGUGUGUGUGGUUGCGGGACUAGUCGUGCUACUGGUGGUGUUCAUUGUCAGGUACAGGGACCAUCAAAGGAGGCAAGAACGGAAACAAGCUCACGCUAUAGAAAAGGCCAUUUCUCUGCACUCCCUUGACAUGGAUCGUGAGGAAGAGGAACGAGUUGCUAAGCAACAGAUGUCAAACUCCACCGUAUUUCUCCUUGACGAUGAACCAGCUGAUGCAAACAUUUCUGUAUAUCCCCCACUGGCCACUGAUGGAGAGGCUGAGGUGAUCACCAACCCAGCCACAGACAAACCUUGAUCGAUCGACAAAGAUGGUUUUUAAACAGCACUGACUACAUGUACUAUAAUAUUUCAUUCAACUCUGACAUUUUGUAUAGUAAACUAUAUAAUUAUAGCUAGAUCAUUCCACCGUAAAUGUAUAAUUUUCACUGCUGUAUAAUUAUACGUACAUUACAUUAGUUGCUUUGUGUUGUAUACAUGCCCUGUACAUUCCGAGUCUGUCUAUUAUGUUUGCUGAUAAAUUGAAAAGCUACGUAUGUAUAUCACUUGA